UUACAAACUAUGUCCGACGUUCCGCCGGACGCCCCUGCUUCAUGCCCUGGGACCCAGAGUGAAAUGGCUGGUAAAGCCUCUGCUUGUGAUGGUUGUCCCAACCAGGCAGCAUGUUCCAGUGGUCAGGCGAACUUGCCACUGUCUGAACGUGAACCUGAUGUCAUUGCGAACAUACACAACAGACUUGGUCGUAUCCACAACCGCAUUCUAAUUCUAUCCGGCAAAGGUGGAGUGGGGAAGAGCAGUUUGGCGGUGUGUCUGGCUCGUGGUCUUUGUCGAAGGGUAAAAAGAAUUUCAGAAAACUACACUGAACCUGUCCAUGCACAUUGCACGGUCGGAUUGCUGGAUCUGGAUUUGUGUGGCCCGUCUAUUCCUUGUAUGUUGGGCUGUAUGAACGAGAAGGUUCACCAAAGUCAGUCAGGAUGGUCACCGGUUUUUGUGUCGGAAAAUCUGGCUGUGAUGUCUGUUGGCUUUCUCCUUCCAAGUCCUGAUCAUGCAGUGAUUUGGCGUGGACCCCGAAAGAACGCUUUAAUCCGUCAAUUAUUAACCGAUGUUUGUUGGACAGAGGCAAACGAAGAUUUGGACUUUUUGUUGAUUGAUACACCUCCAGGUACCUCGGACGAACACCUGUCCUCGGUACAGUACCUACAGGCUGCUGGUUGCCUGGAUGGUGCUGUGAUUGUAACUACGCCACAGGAAGUUUCACUAAGUGAUGUGCGUAAGGAAAUCAACUUUUGCCAAAAGCUAUCCGUGCCUAUUUUGGGUGUAGUGGAAAAUAUGAGUGAAUUCGUCUGCCCAGCAUGUGGGCACACUGAAUCCAUUUUUCCACCAACGACGGGAGGAGCUGCUUCUCUAUGUUCAUCUGGUGCUGGCGACACCAACCAGCCUCCUCUUCUUGGUCGCAUCCCAUUGGAUCCUCGUUUAGCCCGGGCUCUUGAUGAGGGUAUAUGUCCCUUCGAGUUAGCCGAGGCCAAUGAAGACUCAAUUGACGAUUCCGGUGAAAACAACCUCCGUUCAACUGACCGCAUCAUUGUAACCUACGCGACGCUUAUCGAUCGGUUGUUGGAACGACUUCACUCGGUGGAUGGCAAAAAACAACUUACCCCAUUGUGUUUGAUUCGGAACGGAACGGAACUUAUGCCGACCUAAUUUCGUUAAACUUGUUUAUGUGGACACAAACAUCGUAUUUUGUACAUAGUUGAAUGAUGUCCUGCUCGAAUACAAGAUGAUCUUUCACUAUGACGAUUUAUA